AUGAACACGACGGAACAGAGUCUUGAUGUGAACAGGUCCACGCCUAUCUUUACUAUAGGCACCAGUUUUAUAACGCAAUGGAAACUGCAGAAGUUAAGGCAACGCACAUGUCUACCCUCAGGAAACUACCAGGAGUGUCAGAACAGCACCAACUUUACUGAUGUGUAUUACUUCAACAGCACUCUGGAGAAUAUACUGGCUGUUAACGCAGAAUUGCAACCAGUUCUUCCACCGUUUCCUCUCUGGCUGGCAUCAAUCUUCGCAACAUUACUGGUACUGGUGAUACUGUUGACGGUGAGCGGUAAUGUCCUGGUGUUAUUGGCUUUCCUGGUCGACAGAACUAUUCGGCAGCCCAGCAACUACUUCAUAGCUUCUCUCGCCGCAACCGACCUGUUAAUUGGUACUCUCUCACUUCCAUUUUACACCGAUUAUGUCUUAAAAGGAUACUGGCAUUUGGGGCCUUUACUUUGCGAUUUAUGGCUAUCCGUAGAUUACACUGUUUGCCUUGUAUCACAGUAUACUGUUCUACUAAUAACAGUGGAUAGAUUCUGCAGCGUAAAAAUAGCAGCAAGAUAUAGAGCCUGGAGAACAAAAAACCGGGUGAUAUGGAUGGUAACAGUCACGUGGAUUAUACCAGCCUUAUUGUUUUUUACCACUAUAUUCGGAUGGGAACAUUUCGUAGGAUAUAGAGAUUUACAAGAAGGCAUAUUUAAGACAGCGUAUGAUAUGCAGAAGAAAAGUGAAGCAAAACAGAGAAAAAUGCAGUCAAUGGUCGCUUUGAGUGCUGGUUUCAUGACGGGUAUGGCGGGACGUGCUGCAGGUACGUCGGGUUUAUCCAAGGCAACUAUUUCUAGCGAAGAUCAAGUAAAAGUUCCAGACUCCAUUCGUAAAGACUCUACAUCAAAGGGAUCAUUAGCAGCUCCGUUACUUAAUUUAGGUGGUUCCACUGAUUCUAAUUCAAGCCAAAAAUCAUCAGCUCAUAAGAGUAGUGCUACCGGUACAGGGACAUCAACAACAGCUGAGUCUGAUCCUGAAAAGAAAGAAGAACAGGUAGAAGCUGAAAGAUCAAGCAGCCCUGCUUUUGAUUCUGAUGACGAGAGCACAACACAGUCGAAUAUUAAAAAGAGGCCAUCCGUGGUCAAUUUAGUUAUGCAAACUGGUGCAAUGCAGUUACUUAAUAAUAUGCGUAUGAAUGGCGGUAUGUUAAUAAAAACUGAUUUAAAACAAUCUCCAUUAUUUAAACAUGAUUUUGAUAAGCCUAAAUCAUCAUUAUCACAGAUAUCCGAAAAAAGUUUAUUAGAUACAGAUAAUUUAGAUAAUUCUCAAAAUACUUACAGUCAACAGGCAGUAACAAUUCCUUUAUCAACUACAAGUCUUAUAUCUCCCAUGUCAUCAGGAAUAGUUACACCGUCCGAUCAAAGAGAAGUAUCUACUACUAUUGCUCAAAGAGUAAUUCCUCCUCCAACGGAAUUCAGAUGUAGUCCUCCUGUCUCUGAAAGUCCCCCAUCACAAUCAGAAUCGUCUAAAACAAGAACAGUGAGAGUGGUUAAAGGUGACGGUAGUUCAUAUGACGUACUUGUAGGAAUGGACGGAGCUGACUUGCGAUAUAUGGAUGAAAGUUCUGUUAUUUUACCAUCACCCACUUAUGAAAGCCCUCCAUCAUCUAUAACAUUCCCUACUGCCACUGAACCGUCAUCACCUCCUACUUUAAAUUCCGGUAUCGUUACAAAUACAUCUUUAUUACAAGCUGCUCUAAUAAGAGCCACGGCUGAAGCUCAAGUAACACAGCCUAAAGCAAAUACAUCUCCCCCUCUACCAGUCAAAGUAAAUACAGAAGUAAGUUUAACUCCGGGAGAGCGACCUAAGCCCGUGAUUACUCUCGUUUCAUCGUCUUCCAAUAAUAAUGAAUCGCAACCGCCCAAAACGACCGUAGCAAAAAUAACGCCAUUAAAAUUAAAUCCAGUAAGCCCAGCUGUUGAAAACAGCGAUAUUUCUAGUACGGCGGUAACUGGGUCAGGUCGCAGCGACUCAAAGAAGGAGUUCGUCAAAAACAUAGGAAAAAAAUUAAAAGUUAAACGUUCGAAACGGGACGGCUUGUUUCAGAGUAUCGGCAGACAGAAGUCUAAAUCGGAAAAUAGGGCUAGGAAAGCGUUUAGAACCAUAUCUUUUAUAUUAGGAGCGUUUGUAAUCUGUUGGACCCCAUAUCAUAUAGUCGCUCUAGUAGAGGGAUUUUGUACUGAUCCUCCUUGUAUUAAUAAACAUUUUUAUAUGUUCUCAUACUUUUUAUGUUACGCUAAUAGCCCAAUAAAUCCUUUUUGCUACGCGUUAGCCAAUCAGCAAUUCAAGAAGACUUUCACUAGGCUUUUACGAGGCGACUUUCAUAUCACCUAGUCCAUGUAUGUUGGUUACAAAUAAGCGUAAAAUCUUCAAUUCCUGUGGUAAUAAUGAUUGAAAAUUUACGCGCACAAUAUUCGAAUGUUCUGCAUUCCAAUAUUGUUAAUGAUACGACAA